CGUCAUCCUCGGGCCAAAUCACAUAACCCUCUGUCGAUCAAAAUGGCAUCACUGAUGUGCUUCACAUGGCUCAUUCUGGGUGCAGUUUUGGUCGAAGGAAUGGAAAUUAUUAGUAGUGGAAGCUCUGCAACUCGAACUACCUUUGGCGGCAGUAGAAUCGCUAAGGAAGCUGGGCCUGAAGAAUUAGCUUCCUCCCUCGCUCAAAAAGCAAAUCCAGUUUCUUUGAAAAAUCCAAUCGAAGAAGGUGGAAGCCUGGGCAGGGGAGAGCGUUCCGAAACCUUGAAACCACUACCAACUCCGAGCGGGUUCACUAGAUGGACGGGCAGGGCGAAAGAAUCAUUUUAUAAAAUGAUGGAUCGCAUCACUGAAUCAUUGAAACGUCUCUUUCCAAAAAAAGAUCCACUUCUUAGCCUCUCCCCCCGCUCUUGUGAUGCCACUUGA